UGGAGGCAAUGAUGAGAGAAAGUCAUUUGGUGGACAUACCUGGUCCCCUUGCUUUCAUUUUGGAACUUUUCUUGUGUAGUGGACCACAAACAUUUUUUUCCUUCAUUUUUUUUCUCUAUUAUAAACAAUGUUUUGUGGUUCUCUACAUCUUCCAUUUCAUCUCUCAUCAAAAUUGAACAAUUCUGAGGCAUCACAAUAAACAAACACUGAGAAAGGCUUUACUUGAGGAAAAUCUUUGAUGGGAAACAACAGGUUCAGAUUGUCUGAUAUGAUGCCAAAUGCAUGGUUUUAUAAGCUCAAAGACAUGAGCAAAUCAAGGAAGAGAAAUGGCCCUCAUGCUAUGAAGAACAAAGUAACCUCACCAACAACAACAUCCCAAAGGUGCUCAAAUUAUUUCCCCAGUGAACCAAACAUAGCUGGUAAGUUAUACAACUCUCCUAUUUUCACUAAACACUCAGACAACACAUUCUCUGAUUCACCAAGAAGGUCAUCAUCCAAGAGAAGGGGUAAGAGAAAAACCAUUUACAAGCCUUCUCCCACCACACUUGUCUCUUCACCAGUCAUAGAAAGUUUUAGUUGUCAUUCCACAAACAAUUGGAUCAAGCCAAAUCAACCUCAUUCUCCAGACUAUUAUCUCUCCUCCUUAGAGAGUUCUUCUGAAUCAAACAAUGAAUAUGUUUCAUCCGAGUCUGAGUGUGAUAAGUUCACCAUUCCUGACCUGCUUAAUGGGGUAGCCUCUGAAUGCAGUUGUAGAGUUAGCUCUUCCACCAACGACAUCAUCAUUGACAUGAAAAAUGAACCCUUCCCUGAAAAUCUUGAUGGCUUUGAUACAAUUUCACAACUAGGCCUUGCUCCAAUAUUGACAAAGCCAGUGAAGUUUGAUGACAAGGUCAACGAAGCCACUGAGUUGAGAAGAUCAACUCUAUUUGAUGAGGUAAAGGCUCAUCAAUCUCUAUCUGUCAAAGUUGGAAAAGAGGAAAGCAGUAGAACUAAGAGAGAGAGAAAAACAAGUUCAAUUGCUAGAAUUUCAUCUGCUAACUCUACAGGUAUAAGACUUAGAGUCAAUUCUCCAAAACUUGCAAGCAAGAAGGUUCAAGCCUAUGCAAGAAAGAGUGUGUCAUCCAAAGCAUGCAAGGCUUCAAUGAAUACAGAAUUUCCAGAGGGAUUUGCAGUUGUUAAGUCCUCACUUGAUCCACAAAGAGACUUCAGGGACUCAAUGGUGGAGAUGAUUGUGGAGAACAAUAUUUGUGCGUCGAAAGAUUUGGAGAACUUGCUUGCCUGCUAUCUUUCACUGAAUUCAAGGGAAUACCAUGAUCUCAUUGUCAAAGCUUUUGAGCAGAUUUGGUAUGACAUGGCUCAACUCAGAAUGUAAAGAUUUUAGAUUAUCCAAUGCUUGUGUAUAGUCUUGUAAGUAACACAUCUCAGGACCAACUCAUGUUCUGAACUCUCAUAUAAUGCUUUAUCAAUCUUUGACAAAUUAAAAAAAAAAUGUAGUAGCAACAAGGAAUUUAAAUGAUGUCAUAAGUAAGCUAUCUGCUUAGUUAUUUCAGAACUAGUUUAUCGAUGGAUUAUAAUUGAUAA